CCGUCUGCGGAGUAGUCGUCGUCAUCGCCCGGCCGGCCGGCCCUCGUUAAUUUAUGCUCGCGCUUCUCUUUAGUUGCUUUGCAAGUCUCGUGCUGUUUGAUCGCCGAAGCGCGCGUAAUUCCAAGAAAAUUUCCCACAGCCUCACCACCGGGCUGGGAGUUGCAAAGUUCCGUCGGAAUCGGAAGCCGCUCGUCGCAGGCUCGCAGUGAUGAAGUGGAACUUUUGGGCCAUUUUCUAAGUGAUUUCCCGCUAAUAACUACAGCCUCUGGGCCGUUUAAAUCGCAACUGUGCAAUUGUAUCGACUCUGAUGCACUACCCUAAAACCAAAGCCAAUUUGUUCUGCAGUGCAACGUCAUUUUAGAUUCUAAGUUAUUAAUAAGCACAGUGUUUUCGGACAAUGGAUAUGUCCAGCGCCAACUCGUUGCGGCCCCUUUUCGCUGGGUAUCCCUUUCAGGGACAAGGUCGCGUAAACCAGCUCGGGGGCGUUUUUAUCAAUGGUCGCCCGCUGCCCAAUCACAUUCGCCUUAAGAUCGUGGAAAUGGCUGCAAGUGGAGUAAGGCCCUGUGUGAUCUCGCGUCAGCUGCGCGUCUCCCACGGCUGCGUAUCGAAGAUUCUGAACCGAUACCAGGAGACGGGCUCCAUUAGACCCGGUGUAAUAGGUGGGUCCAAGCCCAAGGUGACCUCGCCCGAGAUUGAAACUCGGAUCGAUGAGCUGCGAAAGGAAAACCCUGGCAUUUUCAGUUGGGAGAUACGGGAGAAGCUGAUCAAGGAGGGCUUUGCGGAUCCACCAUCAACGUCAUCUAUCAGUCGCUUGUUGCGGGGCAACGAUCGUGGCAGCGAAGACGGUCGGAAGGACUAUACUAUACACGGAAUUCUUGGAGGCCGUGACUCCGACAUAAGUGAUACGGAGUCGGAGCCCGGGAUUCCGCUGAAACGCAAGCAGCGUCGCUCCCGCACCACCUUCACCGCCGAGCAGCUGGAGGCCCUGGAGCGGGCCUUUGCCCGCACCCAGUACCCGGACGUCUACACCCGGGAGGAGCUGGCCCAGACCACUGCCCUGACCGAGGCGCGCAUCCAGGUCUGGUUCUCCAACCGUCGUGCUCGCCUGCGCAAGAACUCGGGCGGCUCGAGCUCCGGACUCUCGCCCAUGAACAGCGGCAGCUCGAGUGUGGGCGUGGGGGCGGCGCCUCUGGGCUUCGGCCCCUUGGGCGUCGGGUCCAUGGCGGGCUACAGUCCAGCGCCGGGCACCACCGCCAAUGGGGCUGGCAUGGGCGACGCAGUUCACCACGCCGCCAACGCUCCGAGUUCCCACCACAGUGCAGCAGCGGCGGCCACGGCGGCGCACCACCAUACGCAGAUGGGUGGCUACGACUUGGUACAAAGUGCGGCGCAACACGGAUUCCCCGGCACCUUCGCUCAACCCGGCCACUUUGGGGGCCAGAACUACUACCAUCAAGACUACUCCAAGAUGACCAUUGACGACUUCUCCAAGCUAACCGCCGACAGUGUCUCCAAGAUCUCGCCCUCUCUGCACCUGAGCGACAACUACUCAAAGCUGGACUCGCCCUCGAACUGGUAUCACCUCAACCAGUCGGCGGUGGCCGCGGCCAACUACAAUGCCCACGUAGCCCAGCACCAGCUCAACGACUACGCGGCUGCAGCGGCUCACGGCUCGGCGGCCGCCGCCUACAACCACCCCCUGCCGGCGCAAGGUCAGGCCAAGUACUGGUCGUGAGCUGGUGGAUCCGGCGGCUUUUGCAUGAGUUUCAUGCAUUUUAAUUAUCAGCAGAGGCACAUGUAGAUGUUAGGCAACUAUCUAUACCCCUAAACGUGAAUAUGGAAAAUAACGGCUUGGCUAUAAUUUAGGAUUACUUCGCUUACUGCACGUGCAUUACAUGGCUUUUAUAGGCGCAUUAGGGCUGCCAACGUUCCAUACAAGCACUUCGGAAAAAUAGCUACAAAUUAAUUUAUAUUUUGAAACCUUAGUAAUGAGAUAUUGUUAAUUACAGUACAUAUGAGUGCCGGCGAAAAUUCGUUUAAUUAAACCAAUGAUGUGGAAGGUACUUUUGAGCGUUGAAGCAAAAAGAGACGCUUGUAAAUUC